CCUCCCUGCUCGCUUUGCCUCACUCCAUCUCACUCUGCCUUUCUCCCACUGUGCACUUCUAAGCAAAUUACUCUCUUUAUCUGAGCCUCUGCAGAGCCAGUGCUGUGUGGAUCUCUGGGACGUUAAGAGCUGCUUGGAAAUGAAGAGGGAGAGCAGGUUGGUUCGUUGGAUCUGGUGGGCUGUGGUUGUGACAGCUUUGUUCCUGCUGGGCUUCUGCAUUGGAUGGUUCUCAAAGCGCUCAAAGGCAACUGCAAACAACCACAAGACCUCAAGCAAAUACCUGGUGGAGUUUUUGGAUGAAAUGCAGCCAGACCUGAUCAGAGACCAUCUCAGGAAAUUCACCCGUCUCCCCCAUCUGGCUGGAACGGAGCAGAAUCUGAAAUACGCAGAGGAGAUCAUGAAGGAGUGGCGGGACUUUGGAUUGGACUCAGUGGAGAUGGUGCCCUAUGACAUCCUGUUGUCCUAUCCCAAUAAAUCACAGCCAAACUACAUCUCCAUAGUGGAUCACAGUGGGAAAGAGGUUUUUAACACCAGCUUGGCUGAACCAGUUCCACAAGGCUACGAGGACGUCUCCAACAUCGUGCCUCCAUACAGUGCUUACUCUCCCAAGGGACAUCCGGAGGGAGAUUUGGUGUACGUGAACUACGGCCGGACAGAGGACUUCCUCCAGUUAGAGAGAGAGAUGAACGUCAGUGUGACAGGGAAGAUUGUAAUAGUCAGAUACGGGAAAAUAUUCAGAGGCAAUAAGGUGAAGAACGCCAUGUCAGCAGGAGCAAAGGGAGUCAUUAUGUUUUCUGAUCCUGCUGAUUAUUGGGCAGCAGGAGUCAAGCCGUACCCUGACGGCUGGAACCUGCCUGGCGGAGGAGCUCAGAGAGGAAAUGUCCUCAACCUGAACGGAGCAGGAGACCCCCUCACACCAGGAUACCCAGCUAAAGAAUACACCUACAGACUCAAUCCGGAGGAAGGAGUCGGACUUCCCAAGAUUCCUGUUCAUCCGAUCGGCUUCCACGAUGCAAUACACCUCCUAAAAAACAUGGGGGGGCAGAUUCCACCCAACAACUGGAAAGGAGCUCUGAACGUCUCCUAUAAGACCGGACCGGGCUUCACCGAAGACUUCAAGAGUCAGAAGGUGCGAAUGAACAUCUACAGUAACAGGCAGGUAUCGAGGAUCUACAACGUCAUUGGAAAGAUCAGAGGAGCUUUGGAGCCAGACAGAUAUGUGAUCCUGGGAGGGCACCGUGACGCCUGGGUGUUUGGAGGAAUCGACCCGAUGUCUGGAGCAGCGGUGGUCCACGAAACAGUGAGGAGUGCUGGCAAGCUGCUCAGAAAAGGUUGGAGGCCGAGGAGGACUGUGGUAUUUGCCAGCUGGGAUGCAGAAGAGUUUGGUCUUCUGGGAUCGACGGAAUGGGCCGAGGACAAUGCCAGGCUGCUGCAGGAGAGAGCUGUGGCCUACAUCAAUGCAGACUCCGCCAUAGAGGGUAUGUACACACUGAGGGUUGACUGCACUCCGUCACUGCACACGUUAGUCUACGACCUCACCAAGCAGAUAUCAAGUCCAGAGGAAGGAGAGGAGGGAGUCUCUCUGUAUGAGAGCUGGCAUAAGAGAGACAACUGGACCAAUGACCGUGACGCUCCCCGGAUCAGUAAACUUGGGUCAGGCAGUGAUUUUGAGGCCUAUUUUAUCCGGCUGGGAAUCGCGGCAGGCAGAGCCAGAUACACCAAGAACAAGAAAACAGAGCGAUACAGUAGCUACCCCGUCUAUCACAGUGUGUAUGAAACCUUUGAGAUAGUGGAGAGGUUUUACGACCCAACCUUCAGGAGGCUUCGGGCGGUGGCUCAGGUGAGAGGAGGUCUCAUCUUCCUGUUGGCAGAUUCCCAGGUGCUUCCUCUCGAUGCUAACGAGUACGCAGACUCCCUGAGGAAGUACGCAGACAGCAUCGCACAUCUGGCACAGACACACACAGAGCUAAUGGAGACGUACAAAGUGUCAUUCGAGUCUCUGUUUUCUGCAGUGAAGAACUUUACAAAUGCAGCCAAAGGUUUCCAUGAGCGCCUGCAGACUCUCAACAUAGAGGAUCCUUUACAGGUGCGAAUCAUGAAUGACCAACUCAUGUACCUUGAGAGAGCCUUCAUCGACCCUCUUGGCUUGCCAGGCAGACCCUUUUACAGGCAUGUGAUUUUCGCUCCCAGCAGCCAUAACAAAUAUGCAGGGGAGUCUUUUCCUGGGAUAUACGACGCACUGUUUGACAUUGAGAACUCAGCUGACCCAGAGAAGGCCUGGCGGGAAGUUAAGCGUCAGAUCAGCAUUGCAGCAUUCACAGUUCAUGCCGCUGCCAUGACUCUGACGCCGCCUGCCUGAAAGCACAGUCUGAAGAAAUCAGAGGACUGUAAUAUCACGAUGUGAUGAGACUGUAUGUUUUUUUUUAUCUUCAACACACUUAGACAAAUCAAGCUCUGCAGCUUAUCAGGUCAGUUUUCCAGACCUUGGUGAGUGCUGUGAACGUGAUCAAAAAGCAAAUUUCUUUGCUACUAAUGAAUUGUUUGGUACGAGAAACAACAAUAAAAACACUGUAAACAAUAAA